AUGGCGCUCACCAAGCAUCUCGGAUCACACAAACUUACAUCCUACUCGCCUAUAAAACUAAACCAAAUGGCCUAUGAAGCGGCAGGUGCUCCUCCGCCAUGUUUCAGAGGGCCGAGGUUAAUCCGCAACGCUACCCCUGGACGGCGUAUAUCUCGACCAAGGAUCCAAGCGCCCACUCGGAAGCCAUAUACCUCAGUGGUUUCUCAACUCUCCAAUAUGGCCGAUAAUGGAGUUCACCAAAUCACUCAGGCCGAGCUCCUGGCCCAGAUGGCAGAACUACAAGCUGAAGCCCGAAGACUCGCUGAGAUGUCCACUCAAAACAACGCCAGCAAACACGAGGAGAAUGGCCCCAAGGGCCCAGUCAAAGACAACACAGACCUACUGAGCGUCAACCCACCAAAGGAGAAGUUUACCUUGGACAACCCGUUCUCCGAGAAAAUCACCAACUAUCAUAUGCCGAAUAAUUUUACACUGCCCUCUUCCCUUGAGCCGUAUAAGGGGAUUGGUGACCCCCGGACUCAUAUUAAGAAAUUCCAAUCUAUGAUGUUCUUUAAUGGCCCUAACAAUGAACCCAUGUUUUGCAGGGCUUUUCCCACAUACCUUGAUGGAGCUGCACUACUUUGGUUUUCAAAAUUACCUGCAGAAUCAAUCUCUUCAUUUGAGGAGUUGGCGAAGUCCCUCAUCAACUACUUCGCGGUGGCGCAGAUAUAUGUACACGGGUCACACUACCUAGGAACCAUCCGCCAAGGUCCACAAGAAAUCCUAAAAUACUAUAUGAUGAGAUUCGUAGAGGCCAUCAUGGAGAUACCAGACCUGGACCCUGCUGUCCACCUACACGCCCUCAAGGCCGGUCUCAAGCCCGGGAAGUUCAGAGAAACAAUCGCGGUAACAAAACCGAAAACAUUGGAAGAAUUUUGA